AAAAUGUUCGCGGUGUCGUUCAUUGUUCUCACACUGUUGCAGCUAUCCCUUCAGCAGGGAAUAGAAGUUCCUGGAAUCCUGCAAACUCAGACCAAACAAACAGCUGAACGUACCCUAUUGGAUUCCGAUCAGCAGUCAUGCGAUGGCACCCGAAUGUUUUCAACCUGCAAUAGUUGCAAUGUGGUCAGCAUCUGUCUGGGCAAUACGAUGGAUUCGCGUUACUGUUCUUAUGUAACGCCGAACAAACCGUUCUGUAACAAUGGUGAAUGUUCAGCCACUCCAGGCUCCGAUUCCGGUUGCUCUUGGAACAUGUACUGCACCGGAGUGGGAUUUUAUCCUGAUCCCCAAAGCUGUGAAAGCUAUCACUACUGCGAACGCAAGGACUCCAUGUCACUCGUCUACAAAUGCCCCGAAGGCUACGUCCUAAAUCCGGAUACCUUUUUCUGUAAACAACAACAGAAGAAAGAAGACUGCAUGAAGGUCGUUUGCAACCCGAACGAAAUCUUCAGCAGCUAUGGCUCGAGCAAACGUUUCUUUGGUUACUGCACCUUCUAUAGCAGUCCUGUUGCAUCGAGUGUGAAAGUGUACAAAUGUGCCGAAGGAACGGAAUUCGAUGGCAAAUCAUGUGUUUAUAAGUGCUCUGCAGAAGGGCGCUUCCCGGACAGUGCCAACGAGCGAACGUAUUAUGAAUGCUACUAUUCGGGAGACGCCUUGAAGGCAACAGCGCAGGUUUGCCCCUACGGAACGAGUUUCAAUCAAACGUUGUCUACUUGCAUUUCGAUUCCCACGACAACAAUUGUACCGACAACAAAUUUCCUUACAUCGACAACAAAUUCACCGCCAAUAAUUUAUACGACAACAUAUUCACCCACCACAAGAUUACCGACAGCAACUCCAACGACAACAUAUUCACCAACAGCAACGGAAUGGAUAUGGGGAACUACUACUGCAUCUACCGCUUGA